CGAUAAUAUAACAAGUAGAAUCAAAAAUGUCUCAACAUUCUUCGCCGAAAAAAGUGACAAAACGAAAAACGGUUAAAAAGCCUGCUAAUCAUGCUCCUUACAACGAAAUGAUUAUUGAGGCUAUCAAAUCACUUAAAGAACGUAAAGGAUCGUCUCGACAAGCUAUCGCUAAACAUGUCAAGGCUAAUAAUAAAGUAGGCGAAAACGUUGAUUUGCAAGUAAAGAUGAACUUAAAACGUAUGGUGGCUAACAAAGCGUUAGUUCAAGUGAAAGGAACUGGCGCAUCUGGCUCAUUUCGAAUAGGUGCUAAACCAAAAGUAGUCAAGAAAAGCCUUUCUUUAAGCAAAAAAAAGAGAAAGUCACCGAAAAAAAAAUCGGCAAAAAAAUUAACUCCUAAAAAGAAGGUAAAGAAAACCAAGAAGAAAGUAAAGAAAACCCCUAAAAAACAUGGAGCAGCAAAAAAACCAAGAGUAAAGAAAGCAAAAAAAUCACCUAAAAAAUCGCCCAAAAAAUCGCCGAGAAAAUCACCUAAAAAGUCCCCAAAAAGAAAACUCACAGUAUAACAUUUCCAGCUCGCAAAUUGUUUCUUGUAAACUGCUAUUUAAAACAAAUAUUUUAAAACUAGCCACAAUGUGAAAAAGACUGCAAUUUCUGAGAUGUUGGCAUGUCAUUUCCUAGAUUGAAGUCGCACAGAAAAACUCUGCUCAUUGUUAAUUUAGUAUUAUUUUUAUGUAAAUAUAAAAUGUUGUUAAAUUGUAAAUAUUAUUUAUUUUAAAGAAAAAUAAAUUUAUAUUAAAAUUCGAUUCAAAAGU